GUCGCCCUCUGCUAGUGAGCAGCCAAUCUGUCUGUUCAGCGACCACAUCUCUACUCACUGCUGCAAGCAGCACUACGCUGGCUUGCAGUUCCCUGAACGCCCAUGUUCGGCACUGCUAAUCGUUUGCUGCGGGUUGCCACGAGCUCUCUGGCUCGGAGCGAUGCAAGAGGAGACGGCGGGCUAGUCUCGCUUGCGCUCGCCGGUGCCGUGCUCGCGGAGAUAGCCUUGUGCGGGAUUAUCAUCGCGCGUAUUGCAUACACAGAAAUUGACUGGGUGGCGUACAUGCAAGAAGUCAAGGGCUUUCUUGACGGAGAAAGGAAUUACCUCAAUCUCCGGGGAGACACAGGUCCGCUCGUGUAUCCGGCGGGAUUUGUGUACGCCUACUCGUUGUUGUACUGGGUGACGGACCGCGGUGAAGACAUUUUCACCGCUCAAUACAUUUUCAUGGGCGUGUACGUGUCUCUCAUGGUGAUGGUGUUGUCCAUCUACCGCAGGGCGGGAAGCGGUGCGAUGCCGCUCUGGUCGAUUCUUCUCGUAUGCACAUCUAGGAGGGUCCAUUCCAUCUUCGUGCUCCGGCUGUUCAACGAUGGUGUGGCAAUGUGGCUCCUGUAUGGGGCGGUGUACCUCUUUCUCCUCAACAGGUGGCGUCUGGGCUGCGUGAGCUACAGCUUGGCCGUGGGCGUAAAGAUGAACAUUCUGCUCUUCGCGCCAGGGUUGCUGCUGCUCCUUGUGCAGGCGAACGGGGUUGGGGGCGCCGCGGUUUGCCUUUCCAUUUGCGCCGGGGUGCAGCUUCUCCUUGGAGCACCGUUCCUGCUGCAUCACCCCGUGGCCUACCUGUCGCGAUCGUUCGAGCUCGGCCGCGUCUUCAAGUUUGAGUGGACCGUUAACUUCAAGUUCUUGACGGAGGAAGCUUUCGUUAGCCCCGGACUGUCGAUAGCUCUGCUGGCCCUCACCCUCGCAGUGCUGGCCCUCUUCGCAUCAAAGUGGUUGCGGUCCGCGCGAGAAGUCGAGACCUUCUCGGCCAGCGAUCUGCGUGCCGGAGAGGGGGCGGGUGGGGCUACCGGGGGCGCCGUGAAUGCGCGUCUCCACCCGGAAUAUGUGGUCAAGACCCUCUUCGUGUCAAACUUCAUCGGGAUCGUGUUCUGCCGUAGCCUGCAUUAUCAGUUCUACUCGUGGUACUACCACACGCUCCCUUUUCUCCUGUGGCAAACGGGUCUCCCGGUGGCCCUUCGCCUGGUGGUGCUCUGCGGUGUGGAGGUCGGCUUCAAUGUCUUCCCCGCUACCGCGUUGUCUUCCGGUGUGCUACAGGUGUGCCACGUUGCGAUCCUUGCAGGCCUUUGGGUCUCACCGGUUGUCGUGAAGAGAAAAGUCGCGACACCUGCUGCGGCCAAGCGCCAAUGA